UUCCCACUUCUCCGCACUACUCCGCUCUUGGCACUUCUUCUUCCUCAUCUCACCUUUCCAACCACAAGACAUCAUCACCGAAAUCAUGCAGAACGAACGCAGGAACACCGGUGUCGUGUCCAGAGCCGCUGCGGCCGUGCUCUUGGUGAGCUGCCUCGUGGUCGGCAUCGUGAUCGGUGCUCGCGGCUCUUCGUCCUCUGGCAACCUCAGGGCCCAGCAGUACUCGGCGGCUUCAGUCGGCUCUGCGCCCUCCGCUGCCGGGUCCGAAGACAAGCCGGCGGGCAACCUCGUCCUCCCCAAGCCCCUCAAGCACACCGGAGACGAGCAACUUGCUGGAGACAUCGACGUGGGUAGCCCCGCCGGAGCCUGGGGCCCUGACGACGAGGAGAAGGACGACUGGGUCAACUUGUUUGGCAUGGACGGCGCCCGCACCCGCGAGGGCGGUGCCUCCCCGGCCGGCAACCUGCCGAGGUUCAUCGACCUCAUGGUCGAAGACGGCAUGUCGUUCUCGUUCAGCUACGACUACGACGGCGCGUGGUUCCACUAAAGAACAUUCUGGUGUUCGGCUCUGGAAAGCUUACUGACUACGUUCACACGGUCAGGCGCUGAGGAGCGGUCCAGCGGCAAGUCUGCAAACGACUACGGCCGCGGGUGUGGGAUGGCGGGGGCACACACACGUAGGGGCUAGGCGGUUUGUCACUCGAGAACGAAGAGGACAUUAAAACAUGUUUUUUUUUUGUCACUCAAGAGUAAGAGAGGACCAGAAAGCGACUUUAGGCGCGUAAAUUUUGUUUUUUUGUUUUUUUUUACGGAUGAGGGGUUUGAGGGAGUGUAGGACGUGUUUCGGCGGUGUACUUUGGACAGGGUCGGAGCGUUCCGAUCCUCGUAUGUGUUUCUAGCGUGUUUGAACGCGACGGUGGAAGGGGGGAGUAUUGUAGGAGAGGCCCAUAUUUUCCUGGGUAAUUUAACUCAACCGUCACAGAAAUGUUACCUAGUUGCCGUAUUGACUCGAGGUAGAGGAGAGGGUGACUGCAUCCAAGGCUUUGGCUCCCUCACCUCAUCAGCACAGCAUGUAAUACUAUUUUGUCAGAGCUGCUUGUUUGUGUGCUUGCCGGGUUGAAUGUCGCAUCAUUGCCGUCGUCUUGAAUACCGAAGUACCCUGGCAGCAACAGCCCCAAAUCUCGACGACUUGUUUCAUGGUGUUUUGACGACCUGUUUUAUACCAUAUCGUUUUGGUUGUGUGUGCGGUAGUGGCCUCUUCAGGCCUGAAGAACCAUGUAAGUUUGUACUUUUUCUUGUUGUUUCCUCCUUUGGAGCAAAUGCGAGAUUCUUUUUGUGGUAUGUGUUAGUAUACCAACUGGUUGUGCAAAGGAAGGCGCGGUUGUGGUUCGGGUGUUGGCUUGGUUUGGUUUGGCCUCGGAAAACAGUGAGGAUCGGUAUUUUGGUUUGAUCUUUUAGUGCGAAGUCAAUCUUUCCUGAUCCGAUAGGGGGAGGUUUAGCGCCCCCACUGCUGGGUUCAAUAACAGCAAAUCCCUCCGCCAGACUCUUCUCCGCAAUAGAUCUGCGCGAACAUGCGUGCGUACGUACUCCGUUUCGCCUACAUACGGGUAUGUACGUAAAUCACAGACACCGUGGUGACGGUGCCAGACUGUUAUUUUUUUGUUCCUGUACCCGUAGUGGGUAGGAGGGCGGAUGCAGAUAAGAGAACGAGGGCGCGGGAUUGCGAGUAGGUCAAGGCCAUGGGUGGGAUUGGUCGAUGUCGGGCUGUAUCCGAUAGUACGCCAUAUUCAUGCGCGUACAUUUUGAUUGUCGGAGCAACGGUGGAAACCAUCUUUGGUGU